AUAUAGAAGUCAUCAUUUUAACAGGCAGAUAUAGAGAGAGAGAGAGAGAGAGAGAUGGCGACGGCGAUGGCGAGAUCUGUACUCCGAACGGCAGUCCGCGGUGGGCCAUUGGCACGGACUCCAGCUUCCAAGAGAUCCUUUGGCUCCUCUGCCCACGACGAUGCCCAUGAAACGGCCAAGUGGGAGAAGAUUACUUAUGCUGGUAUUGUUACAUGCUCUGUUUUGGCCUUCUAUAUCCUUUCAAAGGGCCAUGCUCAUUAUGAAGAGCCACUUCCGUACCCGCAUUUGCACAUUCGCAACAAGGAGUUCCCUUGGGUGUCAUUUGUUGAGUCUUUUAUGAUAUGUGCAGGUCCAGAUGGCCUUUUUGAGAAUAAGCAUCAUCAUUGAUCUUCGAAGGCCAAGAUUGUGAGGAUGUAUCUAGGAAUAAUGAUUGUUCAGCUCAAUUCAGCGUGUGCAAUCCGGAAAUUUACUUUUUGAGACAAACUUGAAAAUCUCCAUGACUGUUUAAUGUCUUCCCAUUAUGGAACCAUGGUUUUUGGGCUGCGUGUUGCAGGUUGUUGGUUAUUUUUGUGUUUCUUCUUUUGUCACUUUGUUUUUCGUAUUUUGUUUGCUGCGAAAUAAGGUUUUAUGAUUAGGAUGUGCUCUUUUGAGUUCAUUGGUUUACGUUGAUACUUCCAAUUUCUUAUUCUUGAGAUGCUUAGAUGUC